AAGGGCAGCGGACCUAUCUCAUGAUCCGCGAAGGAAUGUUAUGAGUUUUCAACGAAACCUAAACAAUGGCAAAGAUUGACUAGGAAUCUCGUCAAUUGCUGUGGUGUUUAGACAUUUUCAUAUUGAGGCUGUCAAAGCCGAAUCUGUGGACAGUUUCUUGCGGACUAUUCCAGGAGCCAGAAGCAAUCGAAUCGGGAUUGUCGUCUUGUCGGAGUAUUUCACGGUCAUGUGAAAAUUAGUAUGGGUCCUUUGGAGUUGUGGCAGUGUUGGUCACCUUUCGGGACCCCUGCCUAAAGUCUCAGUAUAAAUAUUUUCAUACCAUGGAUCCAUUUGUACCAUCUCGUAUUGGAGAUGUAACCAUUCAGAGGGUGUCCUCCCGAAAUAACUCGUCCGAGGAGCCAAAAGAUGAACUUCCCUCUGAAGGAAGUGCGGCCACCAUGGAAAACUUGCCUGUUUCCCCCAAAGAUGAACUUGUUGAAAAUGAAACAGUGAAGUCUCCAAAGGCUGCAUCUCCAGAUCAGAUUGUCAAGGCUGAAAAGCCUUCUAAUGAAGCUGAAAAUGGAAUGGAGGCAUCAGAGAAAAGUGAUGAUGCCUCAGAGAAAAAAGAUGGUAUCCAGAAUGAAGUGGCUGUCAUUGAAGAUCAGAAAUCCUCAGAAGAAGCUGAACCUGCUGUGGAACCCAAAGCCGAAACGAUUGAGAAUGAAAAUUAUGAGGCAGGACGGGAGGAAUUUGAGGGCGAACAAGUGGAUGAAGAAGGUGACGUUGAUGACGAUGAAGGGCCCAUGGAUGCAUCACAGUUUCUUGAAAUGGCCCAAGCUGAGGACGAAGAUGAAAAUGAAAUGGCAUUUGAUAAGACAGGUGAAGACUUUUUGAAAGAAGAACCACAAGAAAAUGAAGAUGAUUUAGGUAACGAACCAAUCCGAAAGAAAAAGAGAAAAGCAAAUGUCAGCCCAUCUGAUGUUAAACAGGAGGCACCUGACGAGGAUGAGGGCAUGGAUGAAGAUGUUAAUGGUGCCAUGGAGGAUGGUGAUUAUGCAGCUGGUGAGAGUGGUGAUGAUUUUGAUGAAGGAGAUGAUUUGGCCGAGGGAAAUUAUGAAGAUGAAGAUGAAAGAAAUGAAAACAGUGGCAUGAAAUCAAUUAAAUCUGAACCAGAGGAUACAUCUAGUAAGAAACCAGAAGAAGAAGGUGAUGAUGAAGGGAAUGAGACAAAGGAUGAUGUCAAGAAAAAACUAAGGUCGAGGCAGAAGAGAAAAGUCCUUGUUGAGGAAGAUACAGAUGAAAGUGAGGAAGAAAGAAAAAAGAAGCGCAAGAAAAGAAAGAAAAAAGGAGAAGAUGGCGAAACAUCAGAGGAGACUGAAAGUGAAGAUGAUGGAUCUGGUAAAAAGAAGAAGAAGAAAAAGAAAAAGAAACCUGGCAAGAAAUCAAAAAAGAAAGAUGAUGAUGAUGAUGGCAGUGGAGGGGAGAAAGAGGGAAAGAAAUCAUCUAACAUGCGCCGAAAUAUUCGUGAUGUUAUGGAUGAGACACAACUUGAUGAAGCUACCUUGGCUGCACAGAGGCAAGAAAUGGAGCGAUUGCGGAGGGUGCAAGAACAGCAAAGAGUAUUAAGAGAGAUGGCAAUUCAAAGACAACAGCAGCAAAGAGCUGACAGGGUCAUGUCUCUUUUACAAGGAAAAACUUCUCUUCUGAAGCAAGUGUCUGUUGGACCAGCUCAGGCCAGUAAAAGUGGUACAUCCGCCACGUCCCCUAACACAGUUGUUGUGAAGGUUGGCUCAGGAGCUACAGCGCAAUCAAACAAGAAGGUGCUAGAACUUUUAAAAGUGCCAAAGGACUCUCAAGAUGAUAUGAAACCUUCUGUUACAAAAACUUUGAUAUCUAAACCUAUCCAAGGCACUACCAUGAUGACCCCAUCAGUCUCCAUUGCACCUGUGCGACCUAGUGGAAGUGGUCAGAGACCUGCUUCAGCAGUGAAGCAACCAUCCUUUAUUCAAGCUCAAGCUUCAUACAGUGCUUCAGAAGGUGAAGAAGAAGAAGAGGAGGAGGAAAUCUUGGAGGACGGGGAGCUAGAAGAGGGAGAGGGAGAAGUUGAUGAAGAAGGAAAAAAGAAGAAAAAAGAUGUGGUCACGAUAAGCAGCAGCAGUUCUUCAGAAGAUGACUGCAUUGUUUUGUCAGAACCCUCUGAUGAUGGAGAGGAAGAAGAGGGAGAAGACCCAACAAAUUCAGGGAUGCAUACCAAUGAUUCUUUUAAUGUGCCAGAUGACGAAGGCAGAGUACAAGUUAAUAUGGGAAAGCCAGAGGGUGAUCCUGACAUUUUCCUGGCUCCCCACAUAGCACGGCUCAUAAAACCUCAUCAGAUUGGAGGAAUAAGAUUUUUGUAUGAUAACGUUGUAGAAUCGAUUGAAAGAUUUAGUACAUCCACUGGUUUUGGUUGUAUAUUGGCACAUUCCAUGGGCUUAGGCAAAACAUUGCAGGUCAUCACGUUUUGUGAUAUUUUCCUGAGGCAUACUCCUGCCAAAACAGUUAUGUGUAUUAUGCCUAUCAAUACUCUGCAGAAUUGGCUAUCAGAAUUUAAUAUGUGGAUGCCUGAUGACCCUCUGGCUACUCCUCUGGCAGUUCAAGGAGAAGUGCGGCCUCGGACAUUUGGUAUUUUUGUUUUAAAUGAUUCUCACAAAACGCUUAAAGCAAGAGCAAAGGUGGUAGAUGACUGGACUACAAAUGGAGGUGUUCUCCUGAUAGGAUAUGAAAUGUACCGUCAACUCAGUUUAAAGAAAAUGUCUAAACCUAAAAAGAGUAGGAGGAAGAGACCCAUAUCUGAUGAUGAAGAACUUGAUCCUGAGGAGGAAGAAAAACGCCAAAAGGAAAUGUUGGAAAAAGUAUUUGAGGCGCUGGUGAAGCCAGGCCCUGAUCUUGUAAUUUGUGAUGAGGGUCACAGGAUAAAAAAUAGCCAUGCCUCCAUAUCUUUGGCCCUGAAACAGAUUAGGACUAAACGAAGAGUUGUUCUCACUGGUUACCCACUUCAGAACAAUCUUCUUGAAUAUUGGUGUAUGGUGGACUUUGUUCGCCCCAACUAUCUUGGAACCAAGACUGAAUUUUGCAAUAUGUUUGAGCGUCCCAUUCAGAACGGACAGUGUAUAGAUAGUACUCCUCAAGAUAUUCGCUUAAUGAGAUAUCGCGCUCAUGUUUUGCACUCUCUGCUGGAGGGUUUUGUGCAGCGACGCUCACAUUCAGUCUUAACAAAUGCAUUGCCUCAAAAGGAGGAAUAUGUUCUCCUGGUCCGUCUUACUCCAUUCCAACGUAAACUUUAUGACACUUUCAUGAAUGAAGUGGUUCGAACCAAAGCUGUUCCGAACCCAUUGAAAGCAUUUGCAGUUUGUUGCAAGAUCUGGAAUCACCCUGACGUGUUGUAUCAAUUCUUGAAAAAGCGGGAGGGCGGAGAGGGAGUUGAUCUUGACCUGGAGGAAGCAGCUGCUGCUCUUGCAGCUAACACAGUCACCGAUCCCACUGGCACACCUAUUGAAGAACGAAAAGCUGCCACCAAAGGACGACCACGCGGUAGUACCAAUAAAAACAGGAAAAAGAAAGAAGUUUCUCCAACUAAACCAGCUGCAACUGUGUUGCCAAACACUUCAAGUCAUAGUGAUCAUAGUAAUCCUUACAACUUAUCAAGCCAGUAUCCCAUGCAUGGGCAGAUGAACUCCAAUUCUUCAAUGAUGGGAUCGUACAACCCUUAUAGUGGUUCUGGGCAGUCACCAUACGGCUCAUUCAAUGCUCAUCAUUACAACCCAAGCAGCUCUUAUGGACAUGCUGGUUACUCUGGGCCGUCUGGCGCAUUCAAUGCUAGCUCCAGCAGCUUAGGCUUGAAUGCUACUGGCCAAGGGUCCUUCAGUGGUUCGGGAUCCAGUGGUUAUGGUGAUUCCCUCGCCAGCUCACCAGCGUCCCAAAGCAGUCAGUACGGCUCGUCAUCGAGCCAAUCCAUGUUUAGUGGAUCUUCCUCAAACAACCCGUCCUCCUCAAGCACCUCAGCGUAUGGGAGCAUGGGACCUCCAUACUUCGGCGGCAACGGUCCUUCUGGCCAGCAUUCCAUGACAGACAGCUUCCCUCCAGGGUCCAACUACAACCAAAGCUGGAGCGGCAACAGCAGUUAUAACUCAUUCAAUCAGGGCCCGUCCGGCAGCCAGGCUUUCCCUGGAUCAAGCUACAGUGGCAGUGGCCAGAGCCAAGGCUCGCAAGGCGCGCCGUUCCAGGGAUAUGGCUCCAGCGGUUCCUCUUCUUCCUUCAACCAAAGCAUGUAUGGAAGCGGCUCGGCGAGUUCCAGCAGCAGUUCAACCCAGCAAUUUGGGCUAAUGGAUCAGCAAAUGUUGGACCCGGGCUUGAUGGCGCCCCCAAGCCGCCCGAACCCCAAUUUGAACCCAAACCUCAUUCCACAGCAAAGUCCUGUGAAUGCAUCAGGAAUGCUUCCUGGUGGUGCACCCACCAAAAAUCCUGCCAUGAUGCCCUCAGGCAUGAUGGGUUCUGGCAUGGGCGCUGGGAUGGGAAAUGCAGCGCCUGGCAUGAGUGGAAUGAAUGAAAAUAUGAUGGGCCAUAAUCCACAGAGCAUGGGAAUGUCAUCAGGUGUUUACCAAAACCCCAACAUAAUGAACUUACCUAGCAACCCUCCAAACCAAACCCAGACAGGGUCUAUGGCAUUAUCUGGUAUGUCAUCUACUGAUGCCCCUUCAGCGGAAGAUCUCCUUCAUUCCUCCGAUGACUUUAGAGCUUUUGAUGCUUCACUUUCAAAGAUGGAUCCAGGAAGAGGCAUGUAUGAUGUUAAGGAUCGCAACAUGUUUGAUCCCUGGGGAAAUUCCCAUGGUCAUCCUCAAGAUUUUAACAUCAUAAACAGCCAGGAUAUGAAGCCUUUACAGAAUUCUGGAUUGAAGAAGUCCGAAAAUGAGAAGUUCAGCCCAGGCCCUUCUCCUCUUGACCAAUUGAAGAAUGAUAUGGGAGAUGUUAAGUUAGAGGAAAAGCCAAUUGUUAAAGAUGAUGAACUAGGUUUAAGUAGCAAAAGUGGUGCAAGCAACCAAACUGAUCAAGAUACCAAAGCAGCUGAUGAAGGAGACUCAUGGAGAGUCGACUCCAUGGAGAUUGUUGAUAAGGAUAAGGAAGGACAAGAUGACAUCAAAGACAAAGAGGGAAAGGAAGAUGAGGAAGAGGGUGCGUUGGGUGCUGAAGGAAAACCACUUGUUGAACCUACAGCCAUAAUCAAACCAUCUGGUAAAGAAGACCCUGGAAUCCCAUAUGACUGGGCAGUAGAACUGAUGAAGGACUAUGUGCCUGGCCUUGUGGAGAAUUCUGCUAAAAUGGUUCUUUUCCUCUGUAUAUUGGAAGAGGCACUCGCUCUCGGCGAUCGCAUUCUCCUAUUCUCUCAAUCCCUGUUUACUCUAUCGCUGAUUGAAGAUUACCUACAGCGAUCAUUUAUACCCGUUCCUGGGGUUUACGAAAGAUGGCAGCGUAACCGUACUUACUUCCGCCUUGAUGGAAGUACAGCUGCAUUAGAGAGAGAGAAGCUUAUAAACGAAUUUAAUGCAAAUCCCAAUGUGUUCUUAUUUUUGGUGUCGACGCGUGCUGGUUCCUUGGGAAUCAAUUUGGUGGGUGCCAACAGAGUAAUUGUAUUUGAUGCAUCUUGGAACCCAUGUCAUGAUACCCAGGCAGUAUGUCGAGUGUAUAGGUAUGGACAGAAGAAACCUUGCUAUGUUUAUCGCUUUGUGAUGGACAACUGCCUGGAGAAAAAGAUUUAUGACAGACAGAUCAACAAGCAGGGUAUGUCAGACAGAGUUGUCGAUGAAUGCAAUCCAGAUGCUCAUCUUUCCAUCAAAGAGGUAACUAAUUUAUGUUGGGAUGAAGAAAAGGAAUCUGAGAUAAAGGAUCUUAGCAGCGAGAAAGAUAACUAUACUGACACAGCAAUGCAAAAGAUAGUAGAGAAACAUGGAAAACUGUUAACGAAGGCACCCUUCCAACACGAAUCACUCUUGGUUGAUAGAAAGGAUAAGAAAUUGUCUCAGGCAGAGAAAAGGCUGGCCAAGCGGAGCUAUGAGAUGGAAAAACGAGCCAACAACCGUCCUGUCUACAACUAUUACAAUGCCAAUCAGGGCGGUCUGCAAAUAAGACCUGUGCAACGUGAUGCUGCUGGCAACAUCAUAAAACCCAUUGCCAGUGUACGACCCAUACAAUCUGAGAUGAAUUCUGGUCUUGGCACAGGGAAUAGAAAUACUAAGUGGAUUCCUGCUGAAGUUUGGCAGCGACAGGGCAUGUCUGCUCAAGAAAUGACUUUGCCUUUGGAUGUUGUCAUCCCUACCAAUUCUCCAGAGAGGUCUUCCAUUGUUCUGAAGGCUGGCCAAAGAGUUAUGGUAUUGAAGAGUCCAAAGGGUAUUUACAUGCAAUUAGAGAAUGGCAAAAUCAUUGCAAUUCGCACUGCAUUUAAAAGUGCUUUAGGGGGUAAUAACAAAACAGAAGGAAACAAGCCAUUUGCUGCAGACAAGGAAGACCUUAAAAAAGGUGUUAAUGUUGGUGUGGUCAAUAAGGGAAAUAUGAAGCUAUCUAGUGGAAUUCAUCCUUUACGAAACAAUCCCAACAUCACCAUAACCCCUCGAGCUGCGCCAGGUGCUGUAAGGCCUGGAAUUAGGCCAAUAUUAAAUCGUACUCCAGGAGGUCGAAUGCAAACAACUGCCAAUAUGAGACCAUGGGUUCGUCCAGGUGGAGUUGCAGGACGAGCAGUACCAAUUAGGCCCGGUCAAAACAUAAGGCCGGGAAUACGUGGUUUAAAUCCUUCUGUGACUGUAACUCCAGCGUCUGCUAAGACACGCACACUAGGACCAGUCACUAUAACUCCUCGAUUGGCUCCAGCUACAAACUUUCCUGGUUUGAAAACAUUUGAUAAAGAUAAGGCAAAGACUGAAUCAAAAAGUGAUGGAAAAUUGGAACGAAGUGAAAGGGUAGAAAGUGAAGAUGGACAAAGCAGCAAUAGUAGUUUGGACAUUCCCUCCUCCUCAUCUAGCAAAGGAAAUGAUUCCAUUCCUCCAAAGACUGAUGAUAAAGGUGAUAAGCUUAGAGGCGACCCUCAAGGUGGGGAUCCAGACUCCAAUUUUAGCAAAGCUACGGCAUCAGAUCUGACAAAAAUUUACAAUGAUGGAAGUGCUGAAAAUAAGUCUUCAGAUGGAUUUUCUGACAAACAAGGGAAUUCAAGAAGCCAAGAUCACUUGUUGAACAAAGCUACAGAUUUGUCUAGUUCUCUCAACUCCAAUGCUUCAUCAUUUUCAAGCAAUGCUUAUAAUGCGGACAAAGGGUCAUUCCCUGGCAGCUUCCCCACUUCGUCAUCUUCAGUGAGCAAGCAGUACAAUGCUAACAUGCAGAGUGGAAGCAUGAUGACUUCUUCUAACUUUAAUACACCAACAGACCUAAGUGUUGAAGACAAAUCUUCUUCACAUAUUGAAAAUCAAUGGAAGAGUCCCCCAGCUCCACAAGCUUUCUCUCCCGGAGUACCUGCACCAAGUAGCAAGUCUACUUCUCAGCAAAGAAGACUCGAAUCUCCUGCACUGGAUGACAAUUCCAACAACUCUGCCCAUUCAAAUAUUUCCAGUAAAUCCUCAACGGCACAUGGAUCCAGCCUGGAAUCUCGAGCUCCACCUUCUGGUGAAGGUGGUGUUUCUUCUUAUGUGGGAACUGACCUAUCAACAUCACACUCCAAAACAUCGAACAAACUCUCAUCUAGCAAUGUCUCAUCAAGCCAAAGUAGUUCUUCUAGCACAAAGUUAAACCCUUCAAGCACGUCAAGUAGUGUUCCUACUACAACUGCAUCUAAUUUCCCUCCUCUAGAUCCUUAUGCUAAUCUUUAUGGAAGUUAUGGUGCCUAUCCUGGAGCGCUUCCUACUUCCAACUACUACAACCCCUAUAGCUAUUCGGCUGGCUUUUUACCUGAUCCAAAGACCUCGUUGAGCAACAAGAGCUCAACAGAACCAAAUCCAAGUACCCCAGUUCCUUCCAGCCGUUCUAGUUCUAAGUCUACAUCAAGGUCAGAAAGCAAGAAAUCUUCUCAUGAGUCACCUCGAUCAUCUCUGCCUGCUGCCUAUGAGAGUCGGCAACCUUCUAGUUCAAGCAGUACAAGUGCUACUCAUAGUAGUAGAAGUAGCGGUUCCUCUGCAUCUACCUCAGCUGCCUCUUCUGCUGUUGGUUCGUCAUCUGCUGCUUCUGACACAGCAGCGUUCUCAUCAAGUUCCAGUGCAGCGGCGGCAGCGGCAGCUUACAAUCCAAUGAUGAUGUCUCCGUCCUUCAAUCCCACUUCAUGCCAGUAUCCUCCUCCACCAAGUGCUGCAGGUUCAGCCAACCCUUUCACAGCUGCAGCAGCAGCUGCUGCAAAUUAUACCAAUCCUUAUGCUGCAUCUCCAUAUGGCUAUACACCAAAUCAGUUUGACGCAAUGUAUAGUGCAUUUCAUAGACCCGAGGCAGGGCUUGACCCAACGUCACCAUACCUGAGGCCCAUGCCUGGCGCUGCACCUCCAGCGGGUAGUUUUUACCCACAAAAUGUUUAUGGAAGUCAAUAUGGAAGUGCACGAGAUCCUUAUGGACAAAUUCCUCCCUACCCUGGCAGCCCUUUCAUUAUGCCACCAGCUCCAUAUGGCGGGCUUGCUUCAUCUGCAACCUCAGCAUCAUCUACAGCCACUUCCGACCAAUCAACAAGCCAGUAAAACUUACAGAACAUGAUGAUGAAAACUUCGAAGGGCACUUAACUACUCAGUGGAAUUUAAAAUCUUCAAAGUUUUAGGUUCAAAUGAUCAAAUUUGAAUGAUUGAGUGAUAUGUGUGUGCGUGUGUGUGCAUAAAUUAGGCCUGGAAUGAAAGCAUCUGUAGGGUUUUACAGUAGUGUAAAUCAAUAUUUUUUUUUAAAUUGUGUGCAUUUUUACUGUAAAUUGCAGUAGAAUAAAAGAAACCCUCAUCUGAAUUUGGGCUAUCACAUGUAGACUGAUAAAUCAAAUAUCAGAAUUUGUGUACAGUAGCAAUAAGCUGUAAAUAUAUGUUGUUAAGCCAACACAGUUUUUAUGUCGUUUUAUGUAUUAUAAAAGGAUUAGAUUUCUUUUUGUUUUGUUUAGUAAAGAUAUUUAAUGCGGCGUGAUGAGAAUUUGUACAGUAUUGAAUGUUUACCAUGGCAUCAUUUAUUAUUGCAUCAUUUGCUAGAAUGAUGUCUGUAACUUUUCGUUUUAGAUAAGUGGAGAGGCUCUGUGCUUCAUUUCUUUCAUUGAUUUAGCACUGUACUCCUAAUUGUCAUGUAGUUGAGUGUUACUCUACUAGUUGUGGUUUAGUUCCUUGUGUCUGAUUAAGUGCGCUGGCUUUUGCCCAUUGUCUCUUUCUCCAUCAAUUUUUACUUCACUUAUUUAACUUCUAAUAACUGUCUAGAUAGGGUAGAAAAUGUCAAUGCAAAACUAGCAUAAUUUUGAAUUUUGGUGUAAGGUUUUGGAUUUUCAUAAAAUUUUUAUGAAAGCGUAUUAUUUUAAACUGGAGGAUAAAAGCACCUCAGUACUUUUGAGAACCUUCUCAUUCGACAGAAUUAUCCUGUAGCCUUUGAAUUUACGGCAUAUUGUCAAAAGCCUGUGGUUAACACACUUAGACAAAUUUGGCAGUUACAAUGUUGCUAGGUUGCAAGUAGCAUAUUUCCUGUGAAUAAUAUUUCUUGUUAAUACCAUUUUAACAAAGCGGUUGACUGAUUUUGAUACUCCAGGGCAAUUGUUUUCAGGAUAACUGUUUGAUUGGUUUUGUUUGUUGUAUGAAAGGGUCAAAUGUUACUUCUGGAUUUAUAUUGUAGUGGAGAAGUAGACUAAGGUGUAUUUUUAAUUAGAGACUAUUUUAGGCUGUGUUAUUUACAGAAGAAAACCAUUGUGCAAAAUAUGAUUGAGCAUUAUUUAUGUUGCAGUAGGGAUAAUUUUUUUUUUUUGUUGUUGUUAAGUUUCCCUGUGCCACAUGAUGCUACAUAAUGGAUGUGAACAAAGUCCGAAUCUGACGUUUGAUUGACAGACGUUUUUGUUUGCUGUUUUUUCUGCAUAGGUCCAAUUUACAAUGAUUGCCUCUUUGUGACUCCUUUUUUUUCUUUUAAGUGUUUAGUCCUGUAAGAAGUGUCAGCCUGUUUCAGAAACUUGUUCCAUCGUAGUUAUGAUGUGUGCAUUAUUAUCCGCUAUUGAUUGCUAGUUAUAAUCACAUUAAAAUUAUGACAAACCUUCCCUUCUAUGGCCUGUGUUUACAAAUUCUUGGCUCCAGCUAUUUUCUCAUUUAUGUUGAGAAGGUGGAUACCCAUUGGAAUUAAGUGUUGUUUCUAGCAAGGCCAUUGUAGGGCAGGUUGAUUGUGUAUCCUAGAAGUGUAGUGCUUUUAUCCCUAUGCAUUGCUAAGCAUUUACAAGUAUAAAGUUUGAUUUUGUCUAGAACUAAGGCUCUUGUGGCCACUUCUUAUUUGAAGACUGAUUACUUUCUAGUAGGAUUUGGAUUUGUUGUGUCUAUUGAGGUCUCAAGCAACAUUUUAACCUUAGCUUAAUUAACUCCAAAUGUGUAUUUUAAAAGAUUAUACCUCAUUGUCUUUUUGAGGACUUAUGUUUUCUCCUACUUAUUUAUUUUUUUAUCAAUUGGGGAUACUGUUCUGUUUGAAACAGACAAUAACUUGCAUUAAUUAAUCAACAAACCUGUGUUGACCCAAUAUCAAUCAAUUUGUCUUAUGCUUUUUGACUAAUCUUUUUGCUGGUUACUAGUAUCUGAUGGCGUGUUCUGAUGCAAAGACACCAGAUAUUGUACAAAAAUGGCUUUUUUAUAUAAAUAGUCUUAGGUAAUUUGAGUUGUCAGACUUAAUUUUGAUGGAUAUUGAUAAGCCAGCACACUUAGUCGCCAAUACUUCCUACUUGGUUUACCAUGUAAACUGCACAUGUUUCAUAUGAAAGAUGUAGUUAUUGUACAAGCAGGGGUUGCUGUGUGUUUUUUUUUCUUUUUUUUUUUUUCUUUUUCUUCAUUCUAAUUCUACUCUUUAUGCCACAAUGUAAAUUAAUAAAGGAGCUUCUCCUGGUUAUCAUGUGAUGUUGUAAGUAAUUUUUUGACCCCACCCAUUUUAUGUAUAUGUGUACAAUGCAUUCAUUGUUGAACUUUUUCUGUACCACAAACAUUAUCAAAUUACUAACUUUAAAGAUGAUGUAACUCGUCUUUGUUGACUUGUAAAAAAAUUUUUUAUGAAUAAAUAUAAUAUUGUCCAA